UGCAGAGGAAAGCAUGUGCAUGCCUCAUGAUACUCUCCAUAAUGGUGCUAAGGUGACACAGAGAAGAAGGAUUGUUGAACCACUGAUGUCACAUGGACUGUUUUACUGAAGUCCUUACUAUGUUUAUGAAAAUAUCUGAAUUUGCACUCCGAAGAUGAACAAAGGUCUUAUGGUUUUGGAACAACAUGAGGCAGGUCUGGAGCAAGACUGUCCGGUGGGUCAUUUUCCAUGUGGCAAUAUGAGCAUCUGUCUGCCACAGGUUCUGCACUGCAACAGCCAAAACGUCUGUCCCAACGGAGCUGAUGAGGACAACUGUCGUCAGAGCUGUUUAUAAAUACAGACAUCUCACGUGUAGCAUAUCUAUAUUUACUGCAUUUCUGAUUGGUCAUAAGGGCUUUAUCACAACUAUAAUGUUUUCUGAGAUUUUCAAACACCUUUCAAACUCUUAAAUUACUCUUAAAUUUAAAAUGUUAUUUUUUGUGAAUUGUAUCUUCCCAAUGUAAUAAAAAAAAAAAAAAAGUUUAUCUUUAUAAUUGAAAAAUGAAAUGCAAAAUUUAAUGGCAGAGAUGUUGAUGUUUAUAUUAACCUAUAAGUGUAUGUGUGUUUUGUAUAAAUGAGUGUGUGUGUGUGUGUGUGUAUGUGUGUGUGUGUGUGCGCUUGUCUUAUGUUGACUCUCAUCGAUGUCCAUCUCUCUGAAUGAGACAACAGUGGCUGGGCAGAUCUCUUCGACCAGACUUUUAAAAGGGUUUAUCCACAAGAUCUUGCUACAGACUGCCAAGUGGAGCAGUACCCUGAUCUCUGGCAGUGCAUUAACACUGAUAUCCACUGUGUGCAUGUCAGUUUGAGAUCCAUUCCACAGGUGUCAGUACGUCCCUUUUGUUGAAGAGCAACAAGAUUCACGUGUUACCCGAUGAGGCUUUCAUCAAAUACAUAAAACUACAGAGGCUAUCUUUGAGCCAGAACUGCAUCUCCUUUCUUUCCCCUGGACUGUUCAGUGAUCUUCAUGAACUCAAGUGGUUGAUUUUGGAUGACAAUCCCAUAACAAGAAUUACAGCCAACACAUAUACUGGCCUGAGUUCCCUCUUUUUCCUGUCAAUGGUGAACACCUCUCUAGAACAGUUUCCACCCUCCAGACUCUGCACCCAUGUGCCCUUUCUCAGCUGGCUGUGAUUGAGAGCCAACCUUAUCAAGAGUUGGCCAGAGAACACCUUCCAAUCCCUGCGUAAGAUGGGAGACCUGGAUCUGUCCAGCAACUUGAUAAAGGAACUUCCAGUCAGUAUAUUCAAGGAUUUACACUCAUUGCAGAUUCUGAAUCUGUCCCAAAACCCACUGGACCACAUCCAUCCAGGCCAAUUUAACCACCUAAUUCAGCUCCGGUCUCUUGGCUUGGAGGAAGUGGAGAUCCCAAAUAUCCAGACAAGCAUGUUUCACCACAUGGAUAACCUCUCCUACAUAUAUUUCAAGAAGUUCCAGUACUGCUCUUAUGCCCCACAUGUCCGAAAGUGUAAACCGAACUCUUUUGAAGAUCUGGUUGCUAAUGUGGUUCUUCGUGUGUCGGUGUGGGUCAUGGCUUUUAUCAACUGCUUUGGAAACCUCUUUGUCAAUGGGAUGCGGACAGUCCUGCGGGCUGAGAACAUCCUGCAUGCUCUUUGCAUCAAGGUUUUGUGCUGUGCAGAUUGCCUGAUGGGGGUCUAUCUGUUUUUCGUGGGAGUCUUUGAUGUAAAAUUCCGUGGCGAGUACAACAAGAAUGCCAAGCUGUGGAUGGACAGCCUGGAGUGUCGUAUCAUUGGCUUCCUGGCUAUAUUGUCCUCUGAGGUUUCCGUCAUGCUGCUCACUUAUUUGACCAUGGAGAAGUUCCUGGUUAUUCUUUUUCCUUUCAGCCACCUGCGACCAAGCAAAUGCCAAACCUUCACUGUUUUGACCUCUAUAUGGCUGUUGGGUAUCUCUAUCGCUGCAGUGCAUCUGCUUAAUGAGGAGAUGUUUGGGAAUUAUUAUGGACACAAUGGAGUCUGUUUCCCUCUUCACUUUGAAUGUCUGGAAAAGCUCAUUGCAAAGGGAUAUUCCACUGGAAUUUUUCUUGGACUUAACCUGGUGGCCUUCCUCAUCAUUGCCAGCAUGUUUUACUCCAUCUAUAAGACAGGCAUCAGUGCCACAGAGCUGCGUGGACGGCUGCACAGGGAUGUGGCAAAUAUGGCAAACCCUUUUUUCUUCAUCGUGUUCUCUGACACCCUCUGCUGGAUUCCCAUAUUCCUGGUCAAAAUCCUUUCCAUGCUGGAAGUUGAGAUACUAGAAACAAUAACAUCUUGGGUGGUGAUCUUAAUCCUCCUCAUCAACAGUGCCUUGAAUCCCAUCCUGUACACACUGACCACCAGUUGACAGGUAGAACUUUUAUGGUGCCAUUGACAGAGACAGUCCACACUCAAACAAGAUCACACGAGCCUCACCAGCUCUGUUAUCUACACGGAUCGCUCAAGGCCUUCUUUCUACCAUCGCAGCUACAACCCACAGACAUCUAUUUUAGACAGAUCAUGGCAGGUAUAGAUAAAAAUGUUCUAUAUUAUGGACACUGUAUUUGUCUGUAGUGGAUCUAUAGAGAGCCGGAGCACUGAAAGACAAUGUCCUGGUAGAGUCUCUUUGCUGGUGAACAGGCAUAAUCAUGGAUUGCAAUCAGAUGCUUCAAUGAAGGCCUAAAUGUAUCUAAAGAUAUUAUUGUUGGACAAUAAUGAAAAAGCAUUAAGAUUAAACAUAAAGUGCAAGACACUGUGCUCUUGCAGUACAUCAGAAAAGGCUUUUAAAACGGCUGAAUCUGUUACAAACUUUCUAGUCAAUGGGUUUUCAGAUCAUAAACUGAUCUGUUUUGUGAGAUGUCUUGACAGAGGAUUGGUUGACUUUUAAACAGUGCAACAGCCAACGGUGGACAUAUAUUUGUAUUUUGCAUAUGUAUAUUCUGAUUGAUUGAUUUAUAAAAAUAAAUCAAUAAAUAA